AUCCGAGAUUACGCUGAAAAUGUCCAUUUCUCGUUAACGGGUUGAUAACUAGCCCCCAGCGCCCCAUAUUCGCCGCGCUGUGUAUUCUGGGAACACACAGUAGUUUCAAGAUGGCGGCGAGCAGGAGGCUGGCCAAGGAACUUGACGAAAUCCGCAGGUCUGGAAUGAAAAACUUCAGAAACAUUCAAGUUGAAGAAUCAAACCUAUUGUCAUGGCAAGGGCUCAUUGUUCCUGACAACCCUCCUUAUGACAAAGGGGCAUUCAGAAUUGAAAUCAUUUUCCCCACUGAGUACCCUUUCAAGCCCCCCAAGAUCACGUUCAAGACAAAAAUCUAUCACCCCAACAUUGAUGAGAAGGGCCAGGUGUGCUUGCCUGUGAUCAGUGCAGAGAACUGGAAGCCUGCCACCAAAACUGACCAAGUAAUUCAGUCCCUCAUUGCAUUGGUGAACGACCCCCAGCCGGAACAUCCCCUGAGGGCAGACCUAGCUGAAGAAUACUCAAAAGACCGUAAAAAAUUCUUGAAGAACGCUGAAGAGUUUACAAAGAAACAUGGCGAGAAGCGGCCAAUGGACUGAUCACCCUAUGAGCGUGUAGCUCUCUCUCUUUCUCUUUCUCUUCCUCUCCUCCUGUCCCACCUGCCUGAUCAAAUACCGAUCUUCCUCCUGCUUCUAUGCUGUUCCUCACACCCCACCACCUUCCUUGCUCAUUCUUCUCCUACCUUCUUCCUCACACCAGUCCUCCCUGCAGCCCAGGAGCCGCCCAGCUGAAGCAAGACUGAAGGCAGAAGCAGCCUCAGCCUCCUUUCCUAUCCAGGACUCUCUGUGGAACAGACAGCCCCCACCCCCCACCCUUUCUCCCUUCUCUUCAGCCAUAAAUAUCCAAACCAUUUCUAACUUUCUACUCUUUUCUUAAUGUGAAAAAUAGAAAAUGAAAUGCUAUGGAAAAAUGAUGUUCAGAUGAAGAGUGAGAUGGAAAUACUUAAUGUGUUAAUUUUCUGUUGGAUUUGACUCUACGUAAACAAUUCUUGUGUGAAAUAGAUGUCUCUUAGAUGUGGUUUUCUUAAAUAUUUUAUUUUUUUGCAGAGCAGCAAAACCAAUUGAUUACUCCCCACCCCACCAUCAUCAACAAUCUUUUAAGCUAAUAAACAUGUCAGAAAGAUGAAAAGCUGUAGUUAGAACUUCCAAGUGUGUGCUGACUGAAAUAUCUCCCUUAUUCGCCUCCACUGCUUCUGGACUGGGACAAACCUUGUCACAUCUCCUUCCCCACAGCUGUUAAUCCCCUUAGUAGGAACAAAUAAUGGCAGGCCAUAUAUAAUUUGAAUUGUUAUUGCUAAAAAUGCUGCAGGCCAUUAUUGCGCACUGAAGUAAACACAAUUGGUUUCCAAAGUCUGUUGUUUCAUAAUAAAGAUGGCAACAUGUAGUUUGUAUCAGCAGACCCUUCAAGUUGAACAGCACUAUCCCCACAUUUAACAGUACUGCUUGAUAUAAGGUUAAUGUGAUUUUUUUUUUCCCCCAUUAGUAUUGAGAGUUUGAUUUUUCCACUUGAAAUUGUUUUGAUUUAUAGAACAAAAAGUUAUGUUAUUUACAUUACUUAAAUAAUGUGUACAUCUCCUGUACUACUGGGGACCCCAGUACAAUAUAGCCCUAUCAUUCUAUAAACAGAUGCUUUCACCACGCUGAGACAUAAUCCAGCAUCACAUCGACUGUCAGCUGCCUGGCUGAAAGGGACCUAACUUGCUGGGAGGAGAGGAAGGAAGGAGAAGCAGGAGAAGGAUGCACUCAGCUGGAUCCAAGUUCAGCUCCUGGAGGCGGUCCUAGAAACAAGCACCUUGAAGGCACCUGGGAGAGGACUGGCUGUCCAGGGAUAUGUCAGGACAUGGAAAGGGACUGUAGUGGCCAAAAAAUCCACCAUGUAACAAUUGUUUGAUCUGGUCCCAAUAUUGUUUCAUAAUAAAGAUGGCCAGCCAUUUGGCCUCACUGUC